AUGUCUUCGUCCAUCUCACGGGCAUUCACGACCCGGCGGAUCAGGCAGUUUUCGCAGUCGUCGGAGCCCGACCACCCGAUCCAGCCACGGAGCAACCUCCAGAAAGUGUCGAUGACUUCCUUGCGCCACAAGAUUUCGGCCCCUGUCAAGCUCGUACACACCACCAACGUGUUGGCAUACAAUGCGCCGGAUCUUCACCCCCAGUCUGCCACUUCAACCAAAUCGUCAUUCCUGAAAUCCGACGAUGACUUGUCCGACAGCGCGCAUACUCGCACUUCAUCUCCCCCCACCAGCCCCGAUAUCGACGAGGCCCCCGAUCGGGGCCUGUCUCUAGAGCCGAACCACCUUUCCUGCUACUUCACUGCCGACAAGUUGACGACAUCUCCCGUUACCACUCACCAGCCGUCACCGCUGGCUGAGGCUCCUCUCGUUCCCACGCGCGCGCCUUCCCACACCAAGAAGUCCUACGAUUCUCGAGCCAGCUUCAACUUCUCUCAACCGCGGUCAAGGAGCACCUCUGUAUCAUCAGUCAGCACCCCCUCGUCUCCUUCGUCCUACCCAAAGAAGAGGCCGCAAGUCUCGGUCCCUCCCUCGGUCAGCCACUCGAUUCCCUCUGCUACAGCUUCCCCUGCUUCUCCGCCGAGGCAAAGACACGAAACCGAGUCACCAGCUCGCAGUCACAGGACAGAGUUCUCGCAUUCUCACCACCCCUUCGGGCAGGAAUUGGCCCAGGUAACGGAGAUCGCUGAGGAGUACGGUGUGAAGGAGAAGCUGAACGAGUUUGCUGCGGAGGAACAGGAGAUGGCGGCCACGGGACUGUGCAAGUUCAUCGCCGAGGAUUACCUAAAGGAGAUUCGGGGAUUCUUUGUUACUUUCUACGGCGUCGAGCCUGUUGAGCCUAGUACUCCGGCUGCGACCCCGGCUAGUGCGUGGAUUUGA